GCAGACAGCUUGUUGUGGAUGGAAAGAUGUUUGCUGGACUGAUGGGGCUGGAGUGUCACAGUAACUCUCUGCUUCACCACCGCCAAGUCAUGGAAGGUGGCAGAGCAUCAGGGACAGCUGGCAGCUCCGCUCGUAAGAGGCUCCACCGAAGACCAGGGUACAUGAGAGGAGAGCAGUCCAGACUACAGACUACUCAUGGGCAGGAGGAGGAGGAGGAAGAAGAGGAGGAGGAAGGGAGGACCAAUUGCAUUCGGAAUGGAAAAUCUGGACGUCACAGUGACAUCACCGAGGGAACCAGUGCUCAGAGGAUGAGUCAUUCACCUGCUGUCAAAGUGUCCUUAAUGACUCAGCAAAGGCCUGAUAAACUUAGAUGUAGCACCUGGAAGAGUAACAGUUUUGACUCCCCUGUUACUCGUCCUCGUCCCCCUGUGGACUGCAGUAGCAUUAAUGGUACAUCCAGCCUCCGGGGUCCAUGUUCUCCGCCCCAGAAUGAACUCAGGUUAACCUCAAGCCCAGCCCCCAGGCCCUCACUGGAGGACUCCUUUAACUCCAGCUUCAGUUUCAUCCAACAGUCUCUCAAGUCCAGCCAGAGGACAGACACAACCACUGCCACACCAACCCGGGAACCAGAACCACUGAAUCAGUCGACUAAAGCACCUAGUUCACCUAAAACCAGAACAGCAACCUUACCCAUUACGCCCAACAUCUCAAAACAGUCAACUCCCAUCCAAUCACCACCCUCCUCCACCCCAAGCAGCCAGGCAGAGAGAGAGGAGCUGUCAUUGGGCGGGGGGUUUUGGCGGGACUGUCUGUGGGGUGCCAGGGAGGUUACGCCCGACCUGCCUGACGGUGACUCUCGAUCUCUGGACAUAGAGAUCACCUCCUCACUGUCAGUGGACUCAGACACUGCGUCCGCCUCUUCUGUCACCUCCGGCUACGAGAGCGCCACGCCUGCUUCCGACCAAGGCUGGGACAACCUGGUGAAGAAGUACGAGGGUGUGCUGCAAGACUGCCUCCAGAACAACCGCACGCACACCAAGAUUGAGUCCAUGAUGUUGAAGCUGCAGAGGCUCCAGCAGAAAGCCAUUUUGGAUGAUGACUAUGACGCAGCUGAGCGUUUUGGGAAAAAGCUGGAGGAGCUGUGCAGGGAGCGAGGCGCUCUGAAGUUGGGUCUACCCUCCACACAGCCCAGCGUGGCUCAGUUCCUGGAGCGGCUCAGACAGGUGGUGCACAGCGCCCUCCAGAGGGCAGACUGCAGUCAGUGCAGGGAGAGUCUGGAGCCAGAUGUGUCCGACACAUUGCAGGGUCCGCUGCAUCGAAGAGAUCGCCUGAUCCAGGAGAGACGGGUAGUAGAGGAGGAGAUAGCAGAGCUGCAGCAGAGGCUGACGGAGCUGAAGGACCGCAGUCGAUGCCUGGAGCAGCAGAUCCAGCAGGAGGAGCAGCAGGUGGAGGCCGAGGAGCUGGAGGGCUCCGUGCUGAAGAGCUGCACCGUUGCCCAGCUCCGCGAUAUGAGCAGAACCCUGCAGGACCUCAUCACCUCUGAAAACCGCAUGCAGAUCUCCGUGUCUCCUUCACCCUCCAUGCUCAGACUCCAGGAGCAGGAGCAGGCACUGAAUCUGUCCAUCAAGGAAGCCACCGCUAAAGUGGUCAUGAGUCAGAGGCUGGGCAGCAGCCUGAGGAGGAAAGUCAGCGAGACUGAAACUCAGCUUUUAGCUCUGCAUGAAGCCAAGCUGGCGGCCAUCUCAGGUAAUGACUUCAGCAGUGCCAAGGAGCUGAAGGCUGAGAUGAAGGCGGUGUACCUGGAACGGGACCGACUGGAUACUCUGGCUAAGAGGCUGCACAGCCUCAGCUCGGGGAGCAGCCAGGAGCUAGCCAGGAUGAAGGAGCAGCGGCAGCAGCUCAGGCAGGAGCUGGAGCAGAGGGAGGCCCAGCACGAAAGCCGACUGAAAGAGAACACUACCAAGUAUAUCAAGCUGUUGGAGGACAGAUUGCACAGUUGUGGCUGUCCAGGCUUGGAGCGGAUCUGGGAAGCAGAUUUGGAGGCAUGUCACCUCUUCCUGCGAGCACUCCAGUUGCGGACUCCCAGCUGCAGCGGAGGAGACAUCGAAGACCUCCCCACUGCAGCAGUUUAUCCUCCAACUCAGCCGUGCACCAAAGAAGAAGAAGACUGCGCCAUGCUGACUGCAUUGGGAGGGCGCUGGUGUCCUGAGGCCAACUUACAGAAUUCUGAGUUCACAAAGAAAUUGGAGGAGUUCCUGUUCUGCAUGGAGGAUAAUCACCCAGAGGACGGGUGCAGCGAGGCUGCAGACCUGACCGAGCGCUGCGAGCAGAUCAGUGACAGACUAAUGACCUUGGAAGAUGAAUUGCAGACGGCCAUACUGAACCGCGAUCAGGCCCUCACCCAGUCGCUGGAAAAGGAGGUCCAGGAAGUAAAAGCCACUUUACAAACCAUGCUUGCACAGCUCAAAGAGGAGGAAGAGGAGGAAGAGGAAGUGAACGAGUUACGAGAUGAUGACCUCAUGAAAAAUGAGACGGAAGAAGAAGAAGAGGAGGAAGAGGAGGAAGAAGAGGACCAGUACUUCAGUGACAGCUGGGGCAUUUGAAAUGGAUGCUUGUCAUGUUUUAUGACCACUCACACACAGACUGGCUCUCUGAGAGCCUGACCUCAGCUUUGCAGUAGGACUGACCCCAUAUCCAUUUACUGUAAAGCCUCACUCAAAGGGCUUCACAGUGGUACUGCUGAAAGUUUCCAGUACAAAGCCUUGGAAAGUCUGUGUAACAUUUGAUCCAACUACAAAUGGAAGAACAUGAAGGAUUUUGAUAUAAAUGCAAAAUAUGAGAAGCUUUAAUGCAAAUUUAUGAAGUUCCUCAAAUCUUGCCAGCCUGAGUUUAAGCAGGUAGAGAGUGCCUUGGGCCACAGAGCUGACAUAGUGAUUAUUUUUUCAAUUGGGAUGUUUUUGGAAACAGGUUUUCAUGUCAUGUCCUACUAGUGCUGAACAAAUAGGUGGAAUUUUGUUUCAUAAGGGUUUAUUGUAAGAAUGUGACCAGUUGUAAGAUUAUUUGGUUUAUUAAGGGUUUUUCAGUUGCUCUGAUCUGUUGCCAUGUGCAAACAUGUUGAGUCUCAGAAGUUUCAAAUUAUCAGCCUUAAAGGGACAGUACACCCCCAAUUCAAAAAAGAUGUAUUUACCUGCUACUUAUCAGUCUAGAUUGUUCUGGUGUGAGCUGCAAAGUUUUGGAGAUAUCGGCUGUAAAGAUGUCUGCCUUCUUUCCAGUACGAUUUGACUAGAUGGCACUUGGUUUGUGGUGCUCAAAGCGCCAAAAAUGUCUCUUUCCAGAAAUCAUGACCCAGUUACUCAAGAUAAUCCACAGACCUGGUUGUGAGCAGUUUCAUGUAGGAACUAUUUUCUUUUUACUGAACUACAUCCACCAACUGUAUCACUGCACAGAAGGAAGCGCACACAUACUCUUGGAUGGUGAAUUCGUGCUUGUGACAACACAAGAUAUAAACACUACUGGUAUUUCCUCAGCUGAGCUCAGUGGUGCUAGAUGAGCUAGCAGUAGACGCAUGCUUCCCUCUGCAGGGUGAUACGGUUGGCAGGUGUAGUUUGGUUUAAAGAAAGUAGUUCCUACAAGAAACUGCUUGAGUAACCAGGUCAUGAUUUCUGGAAAGAGACAUUGCUGUUGAAUUUUUGUGGCCACAAGUAAAAGCUAGUAACUCAGUAAUGUCAGUUACACAGCAAUAUCGAUCCAGUGUUUGCUAGCAUUAGCUAACAUUAGCCACCAUACGUUACAGUAACGCUGUAUCAGCAAAACCCCUGAGUAAACUGAAUUGACCAAAGGUUGGGUACAUUACUCGUGAAUUUUUUAAUUUGUAAAAGUAAGAACGUGUUAUUUCUUCUUUUACAAGUGACAAAUUACACUUUUUAAAAUAGCAAACCUGAAGCCGAAAAAAAUCACUAAUCGCUCACGACAACCACUUGACUGAAUUUUGGCCAAGGACCCAGUGGACAAUCUAAACUCGUUUUACUGGGAACAGUCUUGCACAUGAAUGAAUACAUACGCUUCAUCUUUAGGUAAGCUAGGCACUUGUGUGUUUCUGUACGAUUGGACAUCAGUUACAUGUAAUUUUGUCCAUGAAAUAACUCAUUUGUGGUGCUACAGAAUGUGAGCUAACUUGAACACUUUGUUUUCUUUGUGUGGAAAAUGCAAUAUUUAGAUUUCCUUCUCCCUGUCUUAAAGCACUGUAUGCUCUCAGAGAUGCUCUCUGUUUUAAAAUACAUCCGUCAAAUUAUGUCCUCUGCAUGUAGGAAAUAUUGAAGGAUAAAUAUCAGUGGACACAUAUGCAUACGUUUUUGCAACUGCUGUUUUUCUGAAAUAAUUGUACCUGCCACUGAUUGUGUGUUAUUUGUAUUUUACUGUAUGUCAGCAGAAUAUUCUACUUCAUUCCACUGGGUUUCCCAUUUUUGUACUUUUACCCAUUAAUCAGUUUUUUAACUUACUGUGCAGCUUGAACUCGCUGUAUCAUAUUUUAUAUUUAUUCCUUACAGCAUCUCACUAAUUACAGCAUGUACCGUUCAGCCUAAUGUUGUGUCCUGCUGUUUUCUUCUUGUAUUGAGUUACAGCCCCUCUGGUUAUUUUCCCUCAUAUAAAAUGUGCGGGCAUGCUGCCAGGCAAGUGAGGGCAGUGGUGACAUGUAGGAGAUAUCAAUACGGUAAUAAAGGUCCUCUAGUGAGGUCUUUAGGGGAUACAUGGGCUUCUAUUGUUAUCUCGCCUCGGCAGCGCUGGUGUGGCUAAUUGGGAGGCAGCCUCACAGAGGACAUGGCGGGGAAAAUGGGAUGAUGUUGCUUUGUCUCCAUCUGAUUCUGCCCUGUGUUUUUGGAGCAGGGGGCUGUUGAGGGAUCCUCAGAGGCGUGUCUGCACUCCGGCGCUGUGGGCUGUAAACACAGCUGAGUGCAUCAGGGUUUUUCCAGCAGCACAAUGGGCCUUUCUCACAUUACUGACAGGUUGCAAACCACUUGCCAGGCCACAAGUCUCCACAUCUAUCAGCCUCAGGCAGCGUACAGACAGAGCCUGGCACACACACCUUCCUGCCAAACACCCCCACCUCAUAAUUGAAUCUGUGCGCCAUACUGUGCCCCGCAUGGCAGCUCUGCUCAUAAAAUGGCCACGGAGAAAAACCCAGAUGGUUUUCAGCAGGCAGAUAUAGCAGGGUGAGAUGUUUCCUGAUGUAAAAUGAAGCACCAUGCAGUGUGAAGCCCUUUGUUUCUGUGUUUGCUAUGAUAUUACAGAAUGUUAUUAUAUAGUAUUACAAUAUAUUAUUCUAAUCAGUUUUAUUUGCACACUCUUUUCCAUAUGGUCUUGUCUGCCUCUUAGUUUCUGUUGCUGAUGACAAUGGCAGAUUUACCACACAAAAUUUGUAGUUAUUUUUGAAACAAAGCGGUCAUGAUUUCAGACAGACACUGUUGUUAGCAGAGUUCAUCAGCUGUACGUGCCUAUCUUACUGACCUAACAUUAGCUUAGUUGGUUUAAAACAUCAAGUCAGCAUGCUUUUCUGGCUAUUCUGAUCCAUAAUCCUUUGCACAGCGGAAGAUUCGUCACACGGGCUGAGCUGCAGACAGAUGACAGCUCACUGACAACUGACAGAAGCCACAGUGACAGAUGACGGUGCAUUUAAGUGAGUGACAAGCAGUCAAAUAUAUAGUAGUAAAAGGAAUAAAGUGAAAAUAAUAAUCAUAAAGAUAACCAACAAAGAAAGGACAUAACUAUACAACAAUGACAGAAAUACAUAUGUUAUUCAACUGUCAGGAAUAUAUUGCUGCAUGUUAGCGUCUACAAUUUAUGCAGUUAUAACAGAGCUCUCCAAAUUGACCUUCGUCUCUGGAGACCUGCGAAUGGCGUUUUGUUGUAUCUCCAAGGUAAUGUUAAGUGUUGACGUUAACAUCUGGUGUGUUCCAGAUUGCAUACUUUCUCUUUAUACUUUGAAUUUUGUGCGACGGCUACAUGAGCAAUAGGGUCAAAGUUCAAGGUGCAAUGUUAUAACAAAAAAGUAUGUCCCAGUUGUAUUGAUACUCAGUGCAACAGUACGUACCUGCAGUAUGUACUGAGAGUAAAAAGAAAAACUAUGCGAUAAGAAAUGCAAAGUUUUUGAUGUUUUCCAGCUGACUUAAAACAAGAAGCCUCUUAAUCCAAAUAUGCACUUGAUGGCUACUUUCAUGAUAUAUGACAUGGUGUAUUCUACAUUAUUAUUAUCAUUAUUAUAUACAUAAUAUUAACAUUAAAACCAC